AUGUCUGAGACCUCCUCCAGCAAGGAUGGGUCCCCGGCAGAGUGCCCUGUGUGCUACGAGAAGUUUCAGCCCCUGGAGGCCACGCACCGCAGGCUGAGCUGUGGCCAUGUCUUCUGCCAUGACUGCCUGGUGAAGUGCCUCCUCUCCACCAAGCUUGAUGGCCAGGUCCAGAGCAGCAUCAUCUGCCCUGUCUGCCGCUAUGUGACCUUCCUCAGCAAGAGGAAGGCUCUGUGGCCGCCAAAGGCAGGCACCGGCCCCCAGACACUGGAGAUGCCUCUCUCGCCUUCCUCCUUGUCCCACCUGACCAAAACCGAGGCCAGCAACACCUUGGUGGUGCCCAGCCAUUUUGUGAUGCCAGCACAGAGCCUGGAGCGGUGCUGCAGCUCUGUGGACUCGCAGAAGGUGCCAGGGGAGCUGGUGAGGGAGGCUCACAUCUUUGUCAUCAGCGACCACGGCAUGCCGCUGGUGGACGUGGACUGCGGCUCCCUGGGGAGGAGAAGCAGAGCAGAAACGCAGAGCUCCGUGUCCUCCAGCUUGGCCCUGGGGGUGAAGUGCUGCCAGUCCCCCAUUGCCCUCGCUGUCCUCCUCAUCCUGACCGUGUCCAUGCUGGCAGCUGUGCUCCCCUGGCUGCUGCUGGUGAGGAGGGACUCGUAG